AAAUAUCCUAGCUUUUAUCACCUGGGCCCUCCACCUCCUCGCCUCUCUAUUUCUCCAUAAAUCCACCCUUCCCAUUCUUUUCCCAUCACUCACUCCGACCCAUUUUUUUAAUCUCAGGCAGCAUAACAAUGUUACCAUCUCGUAAACCCAGAUACACUGCUGUAAAAACAGGUGUUGUAUACAAUGUAGCGAUUAUUUGGGUACUGCUCAUAAGCAUCUCGACGAAGACGGUGAAAGGAAGAAUAGAAGAUGGGGGUAAAAUGGUAAAUUCACACCCAACAAUAUCAUACAGGGCAGUAAACUGCAGAAAACACAGUGCAAUUGUAACUGAAUUUGGAGCGAAAGGAGAUGGGAAGACGUUAAAUACAAAGGCUUUUAAGUCAGCAAUUAGACAUCUUUCCAGAAUUGCCCCUGAUGGUGGAGCUCAACUUAUAAUCCCAAGAGGAAGGUGGUUAACUGGCAGUUUCUCUCUCAUCAGCCACUUUACUCUUUACCUUCACAAGGAUGCUGUACUCCUUGCUUCUCAGGAUGAGAAGGACUGGCCAAUUCUUGCACCUCUGCCAUCUUACGGUAAAGGAAGAGACGCUCCUGCUGGUCGUUACCAAAGUCUUAUAUUUGGAACCAAUCUUACUGAUGUUAUUAUUACAGGCGCGAAUGGGACAAUUGAUGGCCAAGGUGCAAUAUGGUGGAAGAAAUAUCGGAAUAAUGAACUUAAUGAGACAAGACCUUACAUGAUAGAGCUUAUGUUCUCUAACGGAGUCCAAAUCUCUGAUCUCACCUUGCUCAACUCUCCUAACUGGAAUGUCCACCCUAUUUAUUGCAGAGAUGUGAUAAUUCAAGGACUGACCAUCCUUGCACCAACUCAUUCUGCUAACACUGACGGUAUUGAUCCAGACUCAUGUUCAAAUGUAUUAAUAGAGAACAACUACAUAGUCUCUGGAGACGAUUGCAUAGCAAUUAAGAGUGGGUGGGAUGAGUAUGGAAACCGUUUCAACAUGCCAACACAGCAUGUAAUCAUCCGCCAUCUUACGUGCAUCUCUCCAACAAGCGCCACCAUUGCGCUUGGGAGCGAGAUGUCAGGUGGAAUCCAAGACAUACGGGCUGAGCACAUAACUGCUAUCGACACAGAGUCAGCAGUCCGAAUCAAAAGCUCCCCUGGUCGGGGUGCCUUUGUCAAAGAUAUCUUUGUAAGGAAAAUGACAAUGAAGACCAUGAAAUAUGUUUUCUGGAUGACGGGAUAUUAUGGAGCGCACCCUGACCCAUAUUACAACCCACGGGCGCUACCCACUAUCGAGGGAAUUAACUACGGGGAUAUGAUAGCAGAGAACGUGAGCAUGCCAGGAUAUCUGGAGGGGAUCAAGGGGGAUGUUUUUAAGGGUAUAUGUAUGUCUAACAUUACAAUAGGGUUGGCCCGUGAACCCAAAGAGAUGUUGUGGAAUUGUACUAAUGUUGAAGGAGUCAUGAGUCGGGUUAAGCCUCGGGCUUGCGGGUUGUUAAGGGAGGAUAAUAGGGUCGUGGAUUGUCCUUUCCCUAAGGAUAGGUUACCAAUUGAAGAGGUGGAGCUCAAAGUUUGCUUAGCUCCUUUUGUGGCUUGAGUUCAUGUUGGGUGAGCCUUUGUCUUUGGUUUAUUGUUAUGUUUAACUCUUAUCUCUGAUUUGUGUGUUCUAUCUUCUACCACUGCAUGUAAUGCCUGCCUAUUUAUGUAAUACUAGUAAAUUUUCAGCUA